CCGGGCCGGGAGUACCGGGGGGUACCGAGGGGCCGGGGCCGGGCCGGGCCGGUGACCUUGGCGAGCCGGCGGCCCUGCGCAGCGCCGGGAGCCGGGGCAGGGCCGGGCCGAGCUCCCGGUGCCGCCCCCUGCGCGGAGCCGCACCGGCAGCACCGGCGGCACCGGCGGCAGCACCGGAGCGCUCCUGCGGCCGGGCCCCUCCCGCGGGCCGGCACCGGCGCCCGCGGAGACACGAUGCACCCCCGAGGUCCUUGGGCCGCUGGCCCGGCAGCUCUGCUGCUCCUCAUCAGCGUCCUCGCCUCCGACACGCUGCUCAGCACCCGGGGACGGAAGAAGGUGGUCCACGUCAUGGAGGGUGACAGCGGGGCCGUGGUCGUGCAGACGGCCCCGGGGAAGGUGGUGACGCACCGGGGCGGCACCAUCAUCCUGCCUUGCCGGUACCACUACGAUGUGUCCGCCCACGACCCGGCUGAGAUCCGCCUCAAGUGGACCAAGGUGACGGAGCCGAUGGCCUUCGUGGACGUCUUCGUGGCGCUGGGGAAGGCGCGGCGGGCGUUCGGCAGCUACCGCGGCCGCACGGCUCUGCAGGAGGACGGCUUCGGCGACGCCUCGCUCAUCAUCCGCAACGUCACCCUGCAAGACUACGGCCGCUACGAGUGUGAGGUCACCAACGAGCUCGAGGAUGACACCGGCAUGGUCAAGCUGGACCUCGAAGGUGUGAUCUUCCCCUACCACCCGCGCCUGGGUCGCUACACCCUGAACUUCCACGAGGCGCAGCAGGCGUGCCUGGAGCAGGACGGCAUCCUGGCCUCGCACGACCAGUUGCACCAGGCCUGGCUGGAGGGCAUGGACUGGUGCAACGCCGGCUGGCUGGAGGAUGGCUCGGUGCAGUACCCCAUCUCCCGGCCGCGGGAGGAGUGCGGCCGCAAGGACACGCCGGUUGGGGUACGCAACUACGGCUAUCGGCACAAGGAGAGCGAGCACUACGACGCCUUCUGCUUCACCUCCAACCUCAACGGCAAAGUCUACUUCUUGAAGACGUACCGCAAGCUGAGCUACGCCGAGGCGGUGCAGGCCUGCAAGAACAACGGGGCGGCCGUGGCCAAGGUGGGCCAGCUCUACGCCGCCUGGAAGAUCCAGCUGCUGGACCGCUGCGAGGCCGGCUGGCUGGAGGACGGCAGCAUCCGCUACCCCAUCGUCAACCCCCGGGCACGCUGCGGGGGCCAGGAGCCCGGCGUGCGCAACCUGGGCUUCCCGGACAAGAAGUACAAGCUUUUUGGGGUUUAUUGCUUCAAAAAGGCUGGCGAGGCUGCCCCCGAGAAGGCGCUGGGUGGGGGACACCCCAAUCGUGUGUGAGGCUCCCCCACCCUGGGAGCACCCCCAGAUUUGGCCCGGGACCUCCCCCGCGUGCCGGGCUCCCUGGGAGCAUCCUCCUGGGAUGCGGCAGCGUGGGGAGCUGCGGGCAGCCCCUGCGUUGGACUGGGAGAGGCGCCCAUGCGAUGCUGGUGCGGCUGCUGUGCUGCAGGCUGUGGACAAAGCCCGGUGACGCUUGGGGAAACUGAGGCAGCGGGAGGGGAACGACUUCAGUAGCCCAGCCAGGAGCCUGCGCUCAGCUCCAAGGCCGGCUCCCCAGCUCAUUGCAGUUCUUGCUUAUCGAUCAGCGUAUUGCAUGUGCUAAAGGCCCAUCCAGAGCAAAGCGGGCUUGAGCCCCUGACAUCCUCAUCCUCAUGCCUGGGGUACCCAGCUCCCUGCUGUCCCUGGAGCCUCGCAGCACUGAACCCCCCCCGGCCCGGGAGAUGCCGUGGGCAACCAGCAUCGGCUGGAGGGGACCUGAUCUGCCAGGGGCACUGGGCAAGGACCGGGGGUACUGGGCUUGGCUUCGUGCAACACGGGCAGCCGGGGGGACACCUGCAGCCCCCCCCAGCACCUGCAUGCACCUGCUCACCGCUGGCCACCCUGCGGGGCCGCUGCUGGGCGAGUGCCACACACCACGAGCCCGGGGCUGGGGCAGCUCCUUAGCGCUUGGCUUUGUGCAGAAGUGGCCGAUGCCGGGAGCGGGGAGGUGCCGGGUGGGCACCGUCCCCCGCGCCCGCCCGGCCGAACACUGGCUCCGGGCUUUCUGCAGCCCUGGCGCUCGCAAGCUGGACGUAGACAAAAUAAAAGCUUCGGC